AUGGCCCCCGCUACUUCAGACCAUGAGCUCAUCCGCAACUGCAUCGCACGCUACUCCAUCGGCAUCGAUCUCAGAAACUGGGACACCUUUACGCAAGCCUUCAUCGAAAAUGUCAAGGGACACUUCCCCGAGCCUAUUGGCACUAUUGAAGGGAUCACGGCACUUAGGGCCAAAGUUCAGAGUAUGGUCGGGACUCUGCAAACGCAACAUGCUCUCAGCACACAGCUCAUAGAACUCACGGGCGAGACAACAGCUGAAGCGACUACUUACGGCAGGGCCGUCCAUUUCGGCGUAGGCGAGGACGAGGGCAAAGAGGUGACUGCUUGGGGCAUUUACCAGGAUAAACUUGUCAAAGCCGUAUUUGACGGCCGGGAAGAUUGGAGGAUCUCUGAGCGGAAAGUCAUCUUUAUGGCGCCAUUCCAGGGGGACAUGUCCCUGAUUCCUAUGUGGUCGAUUUACUCGCAAACUAUGGGUCAACUUGCAGCAUAUGUGUUGCCAGCUCAAUGA